AUGACCCAACUAAAUCUUUCUUUCCUCUUGAACUUGUCUUUAUUUGUGUUAAUAGCACUAACUUGUGUGUCGGGAAAACAUUACCGAGCAACCAAGUUAAUUGCUAAAAAUAGUUUUUUGACAGCAAAAGUUGAUUCUGAAAGUAUAAACGAGUCACAAGAGUAUGAGGUUUAUAACUACACACAAACACUGGAUCACUUCAAUUUUAACCCCGAAAGUUACACGACUUUUCAACAACGUUAUGUGGUGAAUAGUAAAUAUUGGGGUGGACCCACUAACAGUUCCCCGAUCUUUCUUUAUGUGGGUGCGGAGUCUGAUAUCAUGGGAGAUGUAGAAUAUAACGGGUUCGAGCACGUGAUUGCUUCACGAUUUAAAGGUCUUUUGGUCUACAUUGAGCAUCGUUAUUAUGGUACUUCCAUGCCAUUUGGGUCUUAUGACGAAGCGUAUAAAAAUGCUAGCACUCUUGGAUACUUUACUUCAGAGCAAGCUUUAGCAGAUUACGCUCAAAUAAUCAUUGAUGUUAAAAGAAACAUGUCAGCAGUACAUUGUCCAGUCAUAGCUAUUGGAGCAUCGUAUGGUGGAAUGCUUGCUUCGUGGUUCCGCUUGAAAUAUCCACAUGCUGCUUACGGAGCAUUGGCGGUUUCAGCUCCAAUCCUCUAUUUUAUGGGCCUCACUCCUGAAAACGGUUAUGCUUCUAUUGUUUCAAAAGACUUCAAUAGUACAAGCACGAGUUGCUACAAAACCAUAAGAGAAUCUUGGUUUGAAAUUGAUAGAGUUGGUGCUCAACCUCAGGGCCUGUUGAAUCUCUCCCAAACUUUCAACACAUGCACGCCUGUGAACACGACUAAAGUUCUAAAGUAUUAUUUGGAGAUUAUAUACGACGUUAUGGCUCAAUAUGAUGAUCCUACAGUUAGCUAUUUACAAACAUUUUGCAAUGCAACGGAUGCUGCUGGAGAACAAACUUACAUCCUUGACAGAAUCAUGGCUGGAUAUCGUAGUGUAGCUGAAACAGGUUGCAUAACUUUAUUUGAUAUGGGAUUCAACAAAAAAUCCGGAUGGGAUUGGCAGUCGUGUACAGAAAUGGUAAUGCCGAUGGGACAAGGAGAAAAUGAUACGAUGUUCCAAGCAGACCCUUUCAAUUUGGGCGAAUACACAAAGGAAUGCCAACAAGUCUUUGGUGUCACCCCAAGACCUUAUUGGGCUCCUAUAGAAUUCGGGGGUUAUGGUAUAAAAACUGUCCUUGAAAAGUUCGCAAGCAACAUUAUCUUCUCCAAUGGUUUACGAGACCCAUAUAGUUCAGGAGGUGUUCUUCAAAACAUAUCAGAUACAGUUGUCGCUAUUUAUACACAAGAAGGACACCAUUGCUCGGAUCUUUUAACUCCUAUGACUACGGAUCCGGACUGGUUAGUUGAACAGCGAAACAAAGAGAUCAACAUCAUAGAAGGGUGGCUCUCAAAGUAUACGUUCGCCAAUGCUAACUAG